AUGAUGAUGUCAUUUACAUCUGUUAAUUCAUCGGAUGUACCCAGUACAAUAUUAUCAAAUAAAAAUUUGGAUGAUUAUGAUUAUGAAGGUGCAGCAAUUUAUAUAGCUGUAAUAUUAAUUUGGUAUUCAGCUGGUUUAGUAUUAAUGUUAUAUUUUCGUGUACGUCCACGUACAUUUGAAAGUCGAUUUUUAUUUGAUUAUGAAACAUCGGGAAAAUCAGCAUCGUCAACGACAAAUCCAUUUGCUCGUUAUAAUGAUAUACAAGCUGAUAAUAUAAAAAAACAAAUUCUUAAUGAAUUAAAAGAUCCGGAAAAUCGACAACGUUUAUGGAAAAUAUAUUAUUCAUCAACAGAAAAAGAAAAUCAACCACAUUCACAAUAUUAUCAAACAAUUACAUCAGAUAAUAUUACAAUUGGUCGUAUCAAUAGAAAAUUAGCUGAUAUUCAUCGAAUGGAUGCUCGUAUGGAUAGUAUCAAUGGUGAUGAUUUAAUAUCAUCAACAGUUAGUUAUUCUUCAAAUGAGAAUAAUCGACCUGAUACAACAAAAUUUUUUUCGAAAAAAUUUAAUUCACGUCGAUCAAGUGGUGGAUCAUUAAAUAUGCGACGACCUAUCUUUCGAGUUCAAUCUCAACCUCAAACACCACCACUGAAUUCAACGGCACAAGUCGACGCGUCCAAUACUAAAAAACAAACAGUAAAUAGUUCACGUAAACCAAUUAAUAAUUCACUCCAUAGAUUUACUGUCGAACGAGUACCUGAAAUUAGAAAAUGUUCAACAGUAAAUGAAAAUGUAUCGUAA